AUGGGACAGCUCACUCUUCAUGGAGAACCUGUGCCUUCAACGUGUCAAGUCGAUGGUUUGACCCAGUUUGUAGACUUUGUUAGAGGUUGUGAAUCAAAACCAGUCAUUGUUGGACACAAUAUUCAAAACUUUGAUCUUCCAAUUCUCCAGUAUCAUUUGCAGAGACAUGGUUUACUUAAACAAUUUGUUGAAAAUGUUUUAGGUUUUUUAGAUACAUAUAAACUUGCAAAGAAAGUUUUCGACAAGAAAACAAUGGGGGAUUUUAAGCAAGAAACCUUAGUCAGAUUGUGUCUUGGGAAAAGUUAUGAUGCACACAAUGCUCUAUCUGAUGUUUGUAGUUUACGCGAACUGUACGAGUCAAAUUUAGCAUUCAAAUGUGAAGGUUCAGAUAUAUUUACCAUGAAUUAUUACAGUGUAAAGUCCUCAUUAGUUCCACUGGUACAAGGCAAUAUAGUAUCUACACUGAUCUCUAACAGGCUUACAGCUAACAAUCUAAGCCUAAACAAACUUAAACUUAUACAUAAGCGUGACCCCCAUAGUGGGAUUCAGACUGUCUUUAGUGAGGUUGUAUCUGGUUCAAAGACACCAAGAAUAACAAAGUCGCAGAAAAUCAUUGGCAAAGUUGUUGAGUAUUUGAACUCUUUAUAG